GUGUGUUGAGGCAUGUUGAAGCUAAACUCUGCAGGACACCGGCCCUCCAGGACAGAGUUUGGACACCCUUGCUUUAGAGCAGAGGUCUCAAACUCAAUUCCUGGAGGGCCGCAGCUCUGCAGAGUUUAGCUCCAACCAGCUCCAAUUCACACCUGCUUGGAAGUUUCUAAUGAUCCUGAAGACCUUGAUUAGCUAGAUCAGGUGUACUUGAUUAGGGUUGGAGCUAAACUGUGCAGAGCUGUGGCCCUUCAGGAAUUGAGUUUGAGACCAGUGCUUUAGAGGAACCAUAGAAAUAAAAUACCUGUCCUUUUAAUUACAAAAAGGAGGGAUUUUUUACCUAUUGCAAAUCUUUUUUGUUUCCGAAAGCUGGGACCUAUGCUCAACGAGCCACAGGAUGCCGCUAAAUUGCAAUGCAAUUUUGGGUUUCUGAUGGACUGCAAGGGGCUUUCUGAAGUGUUCCUAAACAACCAAUACAACUGCAUGAAGGUUUCUGCUGCCCCCACUAGGUCUGGAGCUGAUGAAUGCAAGUUGAUCGAAAAUACUGAGGUGCGUCUGGUGAUCAAUGAGAAAGGGUUGCUGUGUGAAGAACGGGAUGUCAGUCUGCCUCUCACUGAGCACAAGGAGCCUUGGUUCAUGAGGCUCAACCUAGGGGAGGAAGUGCCGGUUUUCAUCCACGGAGACACGAUCGUCAGUGACUACAACCAAAUUAUUGAUUAUAUAGAGACCAACUUUAUCGGAGACACAGUAGCCCAGCUGAUUCCAGAUAAAGGAACUCCCAUGUAUGCAAGGGUACAGCAGUACCGCGAGCUGCUGGAUGGGCUGCCCAUGGAUGCUUACACACAUGGAUGCAUCCUGCACCCUGAACUCACAACUGACUCCAUGAUCCCAAAGUACGCCACUGCUGAAAUACGUAGACAUUUGGCCAAUGCAGCAUCUGAACUGAUGAAGUUGGACCAUGAGGAACCCCAGUUGACAGAACCAUACCUCUCCAAGCAGAAAAAACUCAUGGCGAAGAUCUUGGAUCACGACAAUGUGAACUACCUGAAAAAAAUUCUUGGUGAGUUGGCAAUGGUGCUAGACCAGGUAGAGGCAGAGCUGGAAAAAAGAAAACUGGAAUAUCAAGGUCAGAAAUGUGAAUUAUGGCUUUGUGGACCUACUUUUACACUAGCUGAUAUUUGUCUUGGAGCCACAUUGCACAGGCUCAAGUUCUUGGGACUCUCAAGGAAAUACUGGGAGGACGGGAGCCGGCCGAACCUGCAGUCGUUUUUUGAGCGGGUGCAGAAGCGUUACGCUUUCCGCAAGGUGCUGGGGGACAUCCACACGACCCUGCUCUCUGCGGUUCUACCCAAUGCAUUCCGAAUGGUAAAAAAGAAGCCGCCGUCCUUCUUUGGCGCGUCCUUCCUAAUGGGCUCUCUCGGGGGGAUGGGCUAUUUUGCCUAUUGGUUUUUAAAAAAGAAAUACAUGUAGUGAAUGUGCUCUUGUAGUGUUUUGUGUAUGUGUAUCUGUGUGACGUUCGAACUUUUCGGUAACACUGUUUUACGAGAGCAGGAAAAACAAGACAAUAUUACAGAGAUUAACACUAUUACUUACUUGGGUGAAUAAUUAAAUAAAUAUAUAAUGAGAACAUUCCAAGACUAGGAAUUCUACUUAACAGCACCUUCUCUGGUAAUGAAUGCCUUCAUGAUUUAUUUACUUUUUUUAUGAUUUACUGGUUUAUUUUGUUCAUAUUAGGCUUGCAUACACCAUAACUAUGUUGUGUUGUUCUGUCCAGAUUAUAAACACUACACAUUCAGCCAUUUAGGACACCUGUAGGUUAAUUCGGUUAUAUGAUACAGCACAACGGCCCAAAAUAAUGUUUAUUAAUUAAUUCAUAUUUUGCAUUAUUAAUGGGUUUCAAAACACUUUUCACUUCUAAUUUAAAGAAACUCAAAGUGAUCAGACUAUUCUGCAAAACUUAACAUUUAGUCAUUCACUUUUUAGUGCAGAUCACAGAUGAAACACUUUAUUAGCAACACAUUGCUGUUAGCAUGAAAACUUUCUGGUCUGAAACUGUUUGCUCUGGCAUUUAAUGAGAAGAAUCAGUGAUUGCAAACAUUUUACAGGCCUACAUUUUCGGAAUAUUACACUUUACCAAGAAUGCAAAAACACUGAGAACAGAAUGUUCCUCAUAAGACUGCCAAUCUGAGCAUUUUCUUUCCUAUUUAAUUGUAUUCUUUCUCUUUGUUUUAUCACUAGCAAAGUCGUCCAAAGUCUACUGAGUCACAUGAUGAGAAAUGGAGGUGGUAUAGAAAUGUGAAUGUAAGUGUAAAAGAUACUGCGAUGUUUAAUAUGAAAGCAAGCACGCUUGAUAUUCAAUAGAAAAACUAGACUUUUACUCAAAAUCAAAUGGUCACCUAAACUAGUAUAUCCAUUUUAAGCAUGCCACUGUUAAUUUAAUGGGUUUAUAACCAAAGACAAUGAUAGGUUUCUUUCUUUAUAAGUUCAUUUGUACAUUAAACUCAACUUGACUUAGAAAAAAACUGUGAGACAACAUUAAAUCUUUGCCAUGCAGUGAACACAAGAAUAUAACUGAAUUCUAUACACUGUAUGAGAGUUCUAUACCACCUCACACACAAGCCAUAUACAAUGGUGAAGAUGCAUACUCUUAUGAUUUAAUUUUAUGUACUGCUGUUAGUCAUUUUCAAUAUUAUAACAACAAAUGUAUAGUACAGUGUCUGAGAUUAUUAUCGCAGCACUUCAAAAAUCAAAAAAGUACUUAAUCUGGAAUGUUUGUUAUAAAUUGCGAUAAGUGGCGAGCCCUACUCUAAAACGGAAUGACUGGGAGUUAAAGUAAUACAUGAGAAAUAUAUUGAUGUCUGUGGUCAUUAGACUUCACAAUAGAUUUUUUUAUUUUGUAAUUUUUAUUUUUAUAUUUUUAAAAUAUGCAUUUAUUUACAGUGCUUUCUAAGAUGUUUGUUCAUGAGCCUUAAUUUGUUCAGUUGCCAUCGAUUUCAAUAAAUGAAAAUGCUUACAUUAA